AUGGGCCUGAUCUGGCUUCUACUGCUCAGCUUGCUGGAACCCGGCUGGCCCGCGACCGGGCCCGGAACCCGGCUGCGGCGCGAUGCGGGCGGCCGUGGCGGCGUCUACGAGCACCUCGGCGGGGCGCCCCGGCGCCGCAAGCUCUACUGCGCUACCAAGUACCACCUCCAGCUACACCCGAGCGGCCGCGUGAACGGCAGCCUUGAGAACAGCGCCUACAGCAUCCUGGAAAUUACUGCUGUGGAAGUGGGUGUGGUGGCUAUCAAAGGUCUCUUCUCUGGUCGGUACCUGGCCAUGAACAAGAGAGGACGGUUGUAUGCUUCGGAGCACUACAAUGCAGAGUGCGAGUUUGUGGAGCGGAUCCAUGAGCUGGGCUACAAUACAUAUGCUUCUCGCCUGUACCGCACGGGGCCCAGCGGGCCAGGGGCUCGACGGCAACCUGGUGCCCAGAGACCUUGGUACGUGUCUGUGAAUGGCAAGGGUCGGCCACGCAGGGGCUUCAAAACUCGCCGCACACAGAAAUCCUCCCUCUUCCUUCCCCGGGUGCUAGGCCACAAGGACCAUGAGAUGGUAAGGCUGCUGCAGAGUGGCCAACCACGAGCCCCCAGCGAGGGCAGCCAGCCCAGGCAGCGGAGGCAGAAGAAGCAGAGUCCAGGAGACCAUGGCAAGCUGGAGCCCUUGUCUGCUCGGGCCACCCCAGGCACCCAGCUGGACACAGGGGGACUGGCUGUUGCCUGA